CCAUAAGUAGUAAAGUACAGAACCCGGUCCAAUCCAUACGACUGUGCGUGAUUCUGUAAAAUACUCAAACCUAGGGUUUCUCUUCAUUUCGAAAGAGUUGCUGCGGCUUGUGUUGUGUGGAAUCGUCGACAGAGAAAAUGCCAUCCCACAAGACGUUCAGGAUCAAGAAGAAGCUUGCCAAGAAGAUGAGGCAGAACAGGCCCAUCCCUUACUGGAUUCGUAUGAGGACCGACAACACCAUCAGGUAUAAUGCUAAGCGUAGGCACUGGCGCCGCACCAAACUCGGAUUUUGAGGUGGAUGUA